AUGAGCACCGUCUUUACGCUGGCGGGCCCGUCUUCCUCGAGCCUCAAGACAGCACUAGUAGGCUCCUCCCGACCCCACGCCUUCCAACAAGUCCGGUCGGUCUCCUCAUCGCCCUACGGCCGCACGCACGUCUGGAAGCACCGCCAGCGCGUGCUCCCGAAGCCCUUUGCGCCACAGUUCCCGCAGGUCGUCGUCCGCGUCGACGGGAGCACGUUCACGCACUACACGACGUCGCCGCGCUCCGUGCUAAAGCUCUCCAAGGACACGACGAACACGCCGCUCUGGAACGCGUCGCGCUUCCUGGGCGAGGCGGAGGAGGAGGACGCCAUCACGGGCCGGCUGGGCAGGUUCAACAGGCGGUUCGAGGGCCUCGGCGGGUAUGGCGCGCAGAAUAUGACGUGGAUGGCGCAGUCGGACGCCGUGGAGGAGGGCAGGUCGUUGAAGGACAUGAAGGCGGACGCGGAGUCCGUCAUGGGUGUCUACAAGAAGAAGGACAAGAAGAAAUAG